AGGCGUUGCUGACUGGCUGGAGUUAGUCGGAUGUAUGAUGCUGAUACUGGCACGUAGUAGAUAGUAAACCACGGAUUGAACAAACCUUGACAGCUUUUAUCUAUUUAUUUUCAUUUCAUAGGUGUGUAAUUCUUAGGUUGUUUCUGUGUAUGGGUAAUUACCUUAUGUAACUAAUCUAUUCGUUGAAUGCGAAUACAGUGGCUUCCUACAGUUCUUCCAAUAUGCAAGGAAACUCAAUUCCUGAUACAGGACACUGAUCCUUCCCCCGCUACCGAGCAAGCCGGUUAUGCCCUAUCCGGCCGCGUACAUAUUCAUGACAAAUCUACAACGUACAUAAAGACAUUCACCCCUCUCAAAGUCACCUAGACGGGGGCAAGUUUACAACCUACUCUAGUUCGAUAUUUGUAGACUGUAUGCUACCAUGAGUUCUGACAGUGUAAUCCAACCUUACCGGAUCGCGGUGCCAGACGCGGCAAUCGCAAGGUUGAGGAAAAAGCUUGAAUUGGCGACGUUCCCGCAAGAGACCAGCUUUUCCAAUGAUUGGGGCUACGGCGCGCCGCUCGAUGACAUUAAGAGGCUUGCAGGUGUUUGGAGGGAGACCUACGACUGGAAGCGCGCAGAGGCUGAUUUGAACGAGAAACUGCCGCAAUUUAUAACGAGGAUCGGUGUGGAGGGGCAUGAGGAUGAUCUGAAAGUUCAUUUCGUGCAUAAGAAGAGCGAGAAGUCCGGCGCGAUCCCAUUAUUGUUCUGUCACGGAUGGCCCGGGAGCUUCAUCGAAGUCUCCAAGAUCCUUCCCCUUCUCACUGCUAGCGAUAGAGACGACGAACCGACGUUUCACGUUGUGGCCCCUUCCCUCCCAAAUUUUGGAUUCUCGCAGGGAACCUCCAGGCCUGGGUUUGGAAUCCCACAGCAGGCGGAGGUAUGUCACAAGCUCAUGCUGCAACUAGGCUAUACGAAGUACGUCACACAAGGGGGCGACUGGGGGUUUAUGAUCUCUAGGGCUUUAGGGAAGCAAUAUCCGGCGCAUGUUAUCGGCUCGCAUCUGAACCUCAUUCUUACGCGGCCUCCGAGUCUUUUGUCCUCUCCUCUGCUGUGCCUGCAGUACGCGCUGGGGUGGUUCUCCGCCCACGAGAAAAUCGGAUUCCAGCGCACGAAGCAGUUCCGCGUUGACGGAGAUGGAUAUAGCCGCAUUCAGGGAACCAAGCCACAUACCCUCGGCAUUUCGUUGGCGGAUAGCCCCAUCGGGCUGUUGGCAUGGAUUUACGAGAAGCUGUGGGGUUGGACGGAUGCAUAUGGGUGGACUGACGAGGAGGUUCUUACCUGGAUUAGCGUAUAUGCGUUCAGCGAGGCUGGUGCGGAUGCAAGCGUACGGCUAUAUUAUGAAGUGACGCACAAAUCCAAGAGUAUGGACUCGCUGCUGGAAUGGAACGGAAAGGUGCCGUUGGGUUUAUCGUAUUUUCCAAAAGAUGUGAUCGUGCUGCCUAGUUCGUGGGGCAAGACUUUGGGACCGGUGGUGCAUGAGAAGCGGCACCAGACAGGAGGUCAUUUUGCCGCGUUUGAGAAGCCAGAGGAUCUAGUUGACGAUAUCAAAACGUUUGCAAAGACAGGCGGGCUUGGGGCGAAGCUAACCCUCUAAGCUCUGGGUGCUUUACCUAUUCAACUCCUACGGACUACCUACUAGGUAUAUAAAGUUUACUCCUACAACCUAUCAUUAGUAUUACCUACAUGGGUACAUAGUAUUUCAAAAAACACUAUCACGUCGUUAGGUGAGUUGAAAGCACUGUUAAUGUUAGGAGAUCUUGUCGAUUUCUUGCAUCUUCUUGCCCCUAAGACGCAGCAAGCUACCCACCUAGGUUAUACCUAAUAUCAUUGAAGUACAGAAAAUUUGGUAUAACCUAGAUAAUAUAUCGUAUUACUCAGACUGCCUCUAUUUCUACCUAGAGCUCAAGCUUCGCCUCCGCCAUAGAAUUUCAACAAUAC